AUGAACAAGGAUAACAAGCUUUUUUUAGUUCGAGGAUGCUCUAUUGAUCAACAUGAAGAGCAUUACUCACUACAUUAUGAUAAUCAAAUGUUUGAUAAGUAUGCAAAGGUGCGAUUUCCACUGAAGAGCUCUGCAAAUAAUUAUUUUAGGAUAAUCAGUAGCUGUAACGGGGUUAUAUGCCUCUCAGACGACCAUUUUGUUAUUACCAAUGACCUGUAUCUAUGGAACCGGUCGAUUCAAAAGUUGAUGGCCCUUCCACCGGUUCGUGUCACAUUUCAGUUACACGGUCCAUUUAUGCAUAACAUUGGGUUCGGCUUUGAUCCAGUGACGGAUGACUACAAGGUCAUAAGGAUUGUGUAUCUAAAUUAUGUGACAAUUCCACCUGAGGUCGACAUCUUCACUCUGAGCACCGGCACUUGGCGGAACAUUAGUCAUUUAGGUCUUCCGUAUAUAAUUCAGGAUAGAGGUCCCCAAAUUAAUCUGAAUGGGGCUGCACAUUGGAUUGCAUCCGAUAGGAGGGGGUACCUUCAUUGCUUCUUGAUCGUGUCAUUCCACGUGGGUGAUGAGGUAUUUCAUGAGAUUAUAUUUCCACUAAGUCUUGAUGUUGCUAACUUUCUAGAAUCACUUUCUCUAAUCGAGAUGCAGUUUGAUGGUGAUUGGAGUAAUGUUGGAAAACAUUAUUGUGUAUGGGUGAUGGAAGAGUAUGGUGUAGCGACAUCUUGA